AGCAUGAAUUCCAGUUCAGUUUCACUUGUAAAAGUCCAGUGUAAACACAGUCUCCAGUUUCAUUUUCAGUAUGACCACUUCAUUCGCCGCUAACCUCUCUCAGUUUCCUUUAUGUGGCCUUGGAAAACUGUGAACUGCAGGAAGAUCAAGUUCAGCACUUGAGCAGGAUUAGAUAAAUCAGCCGUAAUCGUGAUGUCUGCAGAGAGAAGUGAAAAUACUCCGCUGCUGAGCAGAAGACUAACAUCAUCUGAAUCCCAGAUCAACAACUCCAAACUGUUCCUGGCUGUUUUCUCAGCCGUCUUAGGGAACUUCAACUUCGGUUACUCCCUGGUCUACUCGUCCCCUGUCCUGCCAAAGCUCACAAGCCCAGAUGCCAGCCCUGAGCUCAAGAUGAACACGGAGCAGGCCGCCUGGUUCGGCUCAAUCUAUACGCUGGGUGCAGCGGCCGGCGGGCUGGGGGCCAUGCUGCUCAACGACAUGAUUGGACGGAAGCUGAGCAUCAUGAUGUCAGCAGUGCCGUCGACUAUUGGAUAUAUGCUGAUGGGAGGGGCUAUGAACUUGUGGAUGCUGCAAGUGGGCCGUUUCCUUACAGGCGUCGCCGGUGGAAUGACUGCAGCAUCUAUUCCUGUUUACAUCUCAGAGAUCUCCCACAAAGCAGUGCGAGGCGCUCUGGGCUCCUGCCCUCAGAUUACUGCUGUGUUUGGGACCCUGUCGCUCUACGCCCUCAGUUUGGUGGUACCGUGGCGGUGGCUGGCAAUAGCCGGGGAGGUGCCAGCUUUGCUGAUGGUUGUGUUGCUAUCAUUCAUGCCCUCCUCUCCAAGGCGGCUCCUCUCCAUUGGCCAAGAGCAGAAGGCUGAGAAAGCCCUCCGCUGGCUUAGGGGAAGUCAAUAUGACACACAAAUCGAGCUCAGUGCUAUACAACACAGCAUCAACACACAGAGUAGAGUUACAUGGUCUGAGCUUGCCACACCCAACUACUACCGGCCAAUCUUUAUCUCUGUGGUGAUGCGUUUCCUGCAGCAGAUGACAGGGGUCACUCCCAUUCUGGUCUACCUGGAGCCUAUCUUUGCCCAGAGCAAAGUCUCCUUGGAGCCCAAGUACGAUGCUGCCAUUGUUGGUGCAGUUCGCCUCUUUUCUGUUGCCGUGGCAGCCAGUUUGAUGGACAAGGCAGGACGCAAAGCCCUGCUGUACACGUCAAGCAUGCUGAUGUUUGUGUCAACUCUGACUCUGACCAUGAUCUCCCACACCACACCUUGCCCUCCAGGACCCACUCCACCGAACAACACAAUGAGUUUGGACUACAGCCCCCAUAAUGGUACCGGAAACAUUUUAGAAGCCAGUCAGCAAGGUUCUGCAAGCAUCAUUCCUCUCAUCAGCACCAUGGUAUUUAUAUUUGGAUACGCCAUGGGAUGGGGCCCAAUCACAUGGCUGCUGAUGUCAGAGGUGUUGCCGCUGGUUGCCAGGGGCGUGGCUUCAGGUCUGUGUGUUACUGUCAGCUGGUUGACUGCCUUCAUGCUCACACACGCCUUCACACACCUGGUAGACAAGUACGGCCUGUAUGUGCCCUACCUGUUGUUCACGGUGGUGUGUGUCGUCUGCCUGCUGUUCAAUGCUGUGUGCAUCCCAGAGACUCGCGGCCGCUCGCUGGAAGAAAUAGAGAACUAUUUCAGGACAGGCCGCACGUUCACCAUCAGACGGAGUCAUUCCAAUAUACAGUCCAGCUGAUGCGCAUAGAUCCCCUUGAUCAAAGUGGGUAAAGUGGGUACAAACAAAAACAGCUUUAAACACAGCAAUUCACUUCAAUAUGUCUGCUUAUGAAAAAUAAUGGAGUCGUAGCUCCUCUUUGCAACAUGCCAUUACUUUUACAGUAAAACGUGUGUUCUUGCCUUACUACAUACUCGAUGUGAAAUUCAUUCAGCUUGUCACUUUCAUAUUCACAUUUAGAGAUGUUACAGGCAAAGUCAUGAAAUACCUCUCAAACAAUUCAUUUGAAAUUCAAUACGGUUGUUGCUCAGUCUGCUAAACUAGCCAUCAUAUUGUUUAGACAGUGUGUUUUCUAAGAGAUUGACAAGGCUCGAAGGUUUUGAUUUUGUCAUGUCUACAUGUUUUAUACUGUAUGUUUUUCUUCUUCUUCUUCUUCUUCUUUUUUAUAUCACAGACUGAAUUUGAAUGCUAAUUUUGCACCUUUUAACAGCAACAGUCACAGAGAGUCUCUGUGUAAAGUGGGAUCCACUAUGAAGGGUAGAAAAACAGGAAAGUAUCAAGAGACAAAAUAUCUUACAUUCGUUGACAUGUGCAGACUUUAACAAAUCAGUCACAAUCACAUCUACAAUCAUCAGUACAUAAUGCAAAUGAACUUGUACAUAGAUACAAUAUCCUUAAAUGUUAAACCAUUUGAACAAGUUGCCAACUGAAAAAGUUGAAAAAAAAUCAAGCUUUAUCUUUCCUGUAUCUGGAACAAGAAGUGACACUACCAGCACACUGUGGUGGUUCAGCAGGCCAGGUCACAUGCCACAGUGUACUCUGUGUCCUAUGUUUGAGUCUGACUCAGCCAAUGAUGCACAUCACUGCACAGUGUCUCCUCAUCCUCCCAGUUGCCUAGUAACAGCAUAGAGCUAAUCUUUAUGUUAAAAAAUUAUAGCAGUUCACUGCUGUAUGGAUGGACACUAAGAAUUCAUUUGAACACAGAUACAUGGAUAUAUAUAAUAUAUAAUAAAAUAUGAAUCUAAAAUAUAAAUUGUAAUACUCUCACAGUAUUCAGUCAGUUAGUACACAAUUAUUGCACAAUACAACAACGGUGAAGGUAUGAUCCUGAUCUUGUAGGUAUGUAGGUAUGGCUGAAAAACUGCUGUUCAAAACAAUUACAUUUUGUGUGGAAAAGCUGCUUGUUUUUCAUUUAUAUAUUUAUUUUCAUUCAACCAGAAACAGUUUGUUUUACAUUUAAGGGUCAAUGGAUCCAAUCAAUGUAUACAUGGUCUUUUUACCUGGGUAAAAUCUCUAUACCAAAACAGGACAAAGCAAGGAAAAUGAAAACAAUUAAUUCUUUCUUUUUCUAUAUAGUAAACGACAAUAUAUACUAGACAAUAGAAAACACCAGAUAAAUGCUAUAUCUAUGUAGUCUGUAUGGUAUUUGAUUGGCAUGGAAAGAAGAAUGGAAAGCACACCACAAGUUUCGGUGUGUUUGGGUGUGUGUGUGCGCGUGCGUGCGUGUGUGUGUGUUUGACCUUGAUCUUUUAAGCCACACCUUGCUAAAGCAAUGAGUUCAUUGAUGACAGGCAGGAGAAAAGCUUUAAUACAGCAUUAAUGCAAUCCUCUGGUCUGAAAAAACAUUGUGCUCUUACACAGUACAGACAAUGAAAUGCGGUCUCAAUAAUGCUUUGGAACAAGUACAGAAAAUCUUUCUUUUUCAAUAUGAAACAAUAGUUAAAGUGAUAUGAUGGGACCUUUUCCUGACCCUAUUUUGUUGUUUGGUAGUGUAUUUCUCAAUGGAUUGUGGGUUUUGUCAUAUAUAAUGCUUCAUUUAGCUAGUACGUAAACAGUAAUAUCAGAUAAUUACAUAAUGUAGAGGCACAAAGCCUUAUGGGAACUGUGUUGAAUGCUGCAAAAAUAAUUGGUCUCUUAUCUUGAUGUGAAAUUAUGUGUGUAUAUAAAUAUAUAUAUGUGUGUCUGUGUAUGUAUUUUAACCCAAUUGCUACCCAGUACAGAAGUAGAUACCAUUUACCUUAAAAACCACAGUAUUAAGCUUCAGCUUUUUAUAAACACCAAUAAAAUAAAUCAUAUACAAGACAAUACAUUGUUGGGCUAAUGCAGAGACAGGCAUGCUGUUGAACUUGUGUUUAACGUCAAGAAAUCAUUAAUCAGCUGCUUAGAUGGGUUCAUUCCUGUAAUGAUUACUUACAGUAAUACCUUAAGUGGUAGUCAUAAAACACACACACAUACACCUGAAAGAUACAUGUUGCUGAUACAUGCAUCUCUUAAGAUGAUUGGUCUUUGUGUGUGUGUAAUGCUUGGUGAAGUUUGAGUGCUUGUGUCACACUAACAUAAAACAUUGAUUGAUUAUGUACCAGAAUUUUCUUGGAAAGUAUUGGACGUUUUGUUACCUGUUGUAGGAAAAUUCAUAAACACAAAUGAGACAGCA